UUAGCGGGAGGCGAAGCGCCAAACUCGAAGUCGGCCGUUAGCGCAGAAAAUCUGUGGCUUAAAGUUGAAACAGGGAUACGGCGCCGAUUGUUUUUUUUUUGCUAUUUAUUUUAAUUUUCUAAUGUAAAACAAAGAUGACGGAUUUGCUUUUUAACAAGACUUUGCUAGUACACGUCAAGUGUAAAGACUGCGACGACAGGCGAGCAGUUAUCAGAGUCAGUAUUGAACUGCAGCUUAUUUCAAACCCCAUACACAGGCGGGAUUUGGUUGUAAGACUGACUGAUGACACUGAUCUCUACUUUCUGUAUAACCUUGUCAUAUCUGAGGAGGACUUUCAAAGCUUAAAAGUCCAGCAGGGUCUUCUGAUAGACUUCACCGCUUUCCCUCAAAAGUUCAUAGACCUAUUAGAACAAUGCAUCUCUGAGCAGAGCAAAGAAAAUCCAAGGUUCUUGCUGCAGCUUUCCUCUCCAUCGUCUGCACUAAACCACGGCUCUGCUAAUCUAAACAUUGUGGAGACCAACGCGUUCAAGCACCUCACACACCUUUCUCUCAAACUGCUCCCUGGCUCAGAUGUGGAAAUAAAGAAAUAUCUGGCUAAUUGUUUGGCCACGAUCAAGGAGGAAAAGGAACAACUCCAACAAAAACUAAAGAAGACAGAAGAGGAUCUGACUAGACAGCUAAACUAUGCACAGCAGACGUUGUCUGAGAAGAGCCGGGAGCUAGACAAACUACGCUCUGAAUGGACUUCACAAACAACGAUUUUGUCCAGCAGACAUACGCAAGACCUCACUACAGAGCGUGAAAAAGCUCUAGAGAUCCAGACGAGGCUGCAGCAGCAGAAUGAACAGCUGAGGCGUGAGCUGGAGGCGACUCAUCAGCGCAGCACGCAACAACUACAGACCCGACUAUCUGAGCUGGAGACGUCCAACAGGGAGCUUACAGAGAAAAGGUACAAAAGUGACUCCACCAUCAGAGACCUGAAAGCCAAACUGCUCGGCCUUGAGGAGGAGUCUCAGAGGAUGAAGCAGCAAGUGGCGUCUCUCCGGAGGGAGAACGGCACCCUCGAUACAGAAUGUCAUGAAAAAGAGCGACUUGUUAAUCAGCUGCAGACUCGAGUAGCCGUGCUUGAGCAGGAGAUUAAAGACAAAGAUCAACUCAUACUCCGAACCAAAGAGGUGCUCGAGGCCACGCAGCAGCAAAAGAUGUCUGUUGAAGAAGCUGCCGAGACAAAACAGCUGCAGCUUGGAAAGUUGGAGUUGACAGUAAAAUCUUUAUCUGAGGAGCUUAUAAAGGCAAAUGGCAUCAUUAAAAAGCUUCAGGGAGAUCUGAAGGCUCUGGUGGGAAAGAUUAAGGUGAAGAACACAGUAACUGUGUCUCAGGAGAAAGUGCUGCAGGAGACGACUGAAAGACUGCAGAGGGAGCAAAGGGAGCUGCAGGAGACGCAGCACAGACUGAGGCUCAAAGAGGACGAGGUAUCAAAGUUAAAGGAGCAAUUGGAGGCCGCAGUUAAAAAACUGGAUGAGAGCCAAGAAGUGCUGAAAACUAACGAAAAUGUGAUAACAUGGCUGAACAAACAACUGAAUGAAAACCAGCUGUCCAGGAAGAAUGACACUGUUGGUGUGUUUGAGACACCACAGCCUGGUGCUGGACUGAGAUUUGGACCUGCUUCUCACAACACGCUUGAUAGUAAAACUUUCUCCUCCUUGGGCCAGCCGUAUCCUGUAACUUCCACAUUAAACUCCAAGCACUCGUUCCCUCUGUCAUGUGUGAGCGCUGGGCCGCGUUCUGUUCUCACUUUACACAAUCCCAACCCAGGACCAAAGGUCCAGUUUAACCCCAUGAGUGCCAAAGCCAGUCUGUCUCCAUUGGAAGUAAAUGGAAACCCAUUAGCACCACAGUCGUCCUCCAAUAAGGAGAACGGGGAGCCACUUGGGUUAGACUCAAAAUACUUCGAGAGACGAGAGGAGAGCAUCCCUUUGCGCGGCCUGAUACCCAGCAUGCACCUGAACAAAGAAAUCCCUAAACCCGCCUCGAACAUGACCGGUAUAAAACCCGCAGCUCUGUCAGCAUAUUUUCCUGGAUGAUAACCAUCUUCAUUUUUUUUCUUUAUUUCUCUCAAGUUUCAGGAGCAGAAACCCUCAGGAGGUUCUACAUAUCUGUGCUAUGUGCUAAGUGUAUUAUGCCUCUAAAAAUAUUUAUUAAACACUAUUUAAGCAUUA